UGAAAAUAGUGCAGCAUGAAGACUUACGUCAAUGGCUUUGCACUGUUGUUCCAGCGUGGAUUUUCUCGGAAAGUAAACUAAGUACGAUUAUCUAAUCCACUAUUAGCAGGUGCCAUGGAGAAGACACCUUAUAAAGUAGAAAAGCUACCUCACCACGAGCAGCAAGAACUCUGCCAUACGCGAGCCCCAUACCGGCAAGGUCGCAAGCUCACAGCCGUCAAAGUGUACACGAUCAACGAUGAGUCGCCUCAUUUGAUCGUCAGCGGUGUACCAACGCCAAACUAUACCUCGGAACUCAAGAAAAAGUUCACUCCUUACGGAGAAAUCAAGGAAUUUCAUGUCAUCUCUGGUUACGAAUGCGAAGCUUUCACCGAAGCUGUUCACGUACAUUACGCACGUAUCCAAAGUGCCAGAAUCGCCAAGAAAUUUCUCGAUGGAUUUAAUUUCUUUGGUGGAGUAUUACAUAUUUUCUAUGCGCCUGAAUUGGAGUCACUUACGGAAACGAGACACAAGUUAUUCCACAGAAGGCGGGAUAUAGCUAUAAGAAUCAAGAGGCACAAGGAGGACCCAACUAAUCCUGAGAUUGAUCCCUUUCAGCCUGAACUUGAGCUUGAUGAUAAAAUGCCCAUCAAGAGAAAAAAGAAACGUGUAGCUGACAUUGUACAGGGGAAGUGAAUUUUUUACUUUUUUUUGCGAUAUUACCCUUACGUAAGA